UUAUAAUUUUGUUCGGAGAAAGAGGAUUAAGUAUGACUGCAAAUAAGAUGAGAGGGGGAAUUUUGUGGCUUUAUGUAUUCUCGGUGUUGAUGGUUUUGGUAGGGCUAGGUGUGAUUGCAGGAGGGAUCCUUGGAGGGAUUAUGUUGAGGAAUAGGAUUCAGACAUUAGGAAGAGAGCUUGCUGUGCUGAAAGUUCAUAAUAUUGAUGAUUGGGGAGACAUACCUGGCACGAGAGAGCGAAGUCUUAACCAUCAAUUUCAUGUAUUUAAUAUUAGUAACCCUAGAGAAGUGCUUUAUGGACAAAGGCCGAUUAGCCAGAUGUACGGUCCUUGGACAUUCAAUGAAGAGAGAAAUACUGAGACUGUUGAUGUUUCAAAAGCAACUGACAUUUUUAAUGAAACUGGAGAACUAUUCUCAUUUGAUGAUUAUGUAAAAUUUUAUCAUACAAGGACUUCUGGAAAGAUGACUUCUGAUCUUUCAGACUCCUUCUAUGUCUAUAACCCUGAAACUUUUAUAAUGCAAUAUAGCCAUAGAGUUGAGGAUGACUGGCUUAGAGCUAUAAGAUCACUUAGUGGGAUGAUAAAUUAUACAUCUGUACAAUUCAGAGAUCAUCUAAUUCUGGAACAUAUGAGGAUUAAUUAUUAUCAAGAUAAUUAUGCUAAUCAGGAAGUUUUUACAGAUAAUCGAUUGAUUGCUUUCAACGGUAACUCACAGAUUUCUCAAGAGGCGAUACAAGGCAUGUGGACUGACCAAAUUUUUGGAUUUUCUAAUUUCAGAAAUGCAAAGUUUUGGGGAGACAUUUGUGAAGGAAGGCUUCCAUUCGGAAGAACAUUCGUCAAAGAUUACUUUUUCCUUCCAAAUGAUGGUCUUGAUAAAUUCUUAAUCCUCUUCUGCGAGGAUUGGGAUUCUUCAGCAUAUGCAGUAGCAGCUGCCUUUAGAAUGAGGGGAUUAUUAUCUCCUGAGAUAAUGUUCUAUCGUCAAUGGGCUGAUAAGGAAGCUGCAAAUAGAAUUCUUGGACAGCCAAAAUCUAUAACUGACAUGGAUUCUUUGGUGGCAGGUCAGGUUGAUCUCCCAACUUUUCUUGAAGAAGUCUUCUUUAAAAAUACUGACAUUAGAGACCAAUUUAAAGAUGUUGAAUUUGGAGGAAGCUCAGCCACUGAGAAUAGACUCUUAAAACUCUUUUCGCAAGAGGACCUACAGAUGUCCCUUUUCAAUGCUACAAAUAUGAAAACUCUUUUUGAUUUGGGAUCUCAAAUUAACAUAGACAGCUCAACAGGAAAGUACGAGGUUUACAAGCUUCAACCUUUGGCUGAUGAGAUGAAUAAUAAAGCCUCUGCUGGAGAGCUCUUCAUUGUUUAUUCCUUUCUCAGAAACUUGAUAGAUAAUACUUUCCUUCGAUCAAAUACUCAAUCAGAGAGUACUUUUGAUAAAGUUAGCGUCGCAUUUGGGCUAACUGAUAUUUUGAAAAAUGAAUUCAUCAGAUUCAGAGCUAACUUCACAAGUAGAAUGAUAGCUCAAGGAGCAAUUAAGUUCUUAGCUCUAGAUGAUUGCAGAACUUCUUUUGUGAGAUUGUUUCCAUUAGAGCGAGCUUCGACAUUCUGUAACAUCCCAAAAUUUGACGUCAGUACUCUAGAGGGAGCCGAAUUCUGGUGGAGACUCUAUAUUGGACGUAGUCCUGAAGAUAUUAGACUUUUAGAACGAGAAACUUCGUCAAAAAUUGAAGAAUUUGAUAAAUAUUUUAAUGAUGAUUACAGUGAUUUUGUACAAUUUACACGAUCUAUGAUGGAUGCUAUAGGAGCACGAUUACUCGAUAAAAUAUGCAGGAAAGAAGGGGACCUUUGGUGUUCCAUUCAAGAAAUUUCUUUCCAUCAAAUGGUGUCUGGAAUUAUUACCAGAAAUCCUCCUCCAAUCUUGGAAAAUUUAUCUCCAGCAGAUAAUUUCAUAGAUUUCUUUGGAUUAGAUGACCAAAAACUUAUCUCUCCCGAAUUCAAUUUCCUUGGAAAAUUUCAAGGUUUUGAAUUAGACCCUGAAAUAGAUGUGACUUAUAUUGAUAUUGUUCAAGGAAUGAGAGAUUCUAGACUUUUUAAUCCCUUCUUUAUUCUUAAGAUUCUUAAUGAUGAAUGAACCGAAAUAGAGAGAUUCUGCACUUCAAACUUCAAAAUUUGGCUUACUUUCUUAUACAGAAAUCGAGGCUUACCUCCACUUGUGAGGCAAUUGACUGCAAAAGAGAUCUUCAACGGAACGGAGAGUGAAUGUUUACUUUCUGUACAGAAAGAAAAUCCUCAAUAUGGUGGAGAUCCUACUGUCAGAACAGAUUUUAACACUUUGCCUCAUAAUGGAGUUCCUGAAAGAACUCUCAAAAUGGAAUUAUUUUCUGGUAAAAUUAACCCUGAUAAGGCAAGGAAUCUUCUUAAAUUUAACAGUGAUCAAGAAUAUAUUACAGCAGAGCGUACUUUCUAUCAUGUUGAUAGAGACUCAAGCCGUACUGGAGUUAAAGAGUCUAAGAUAAAUCCUUGGACUCAAGAAGUGUUCUUUGCUGCUGGAACAGAUGGAUUUCAGUUCAAUCCAGAUAUGACCAACAGAGAUGACUUAAUCUUCUAUGAAGACUAUUUCAAAGCAAUGCUUAAGGUUGAUUUCCAAACUGUAGUGAAUACAUUCGGACUUAAGGCAUUUGCUUUUGAGACUCCAACCUCUAUUUACCAGAGGAUCACUGAGGGACGAAUUGAAGGGAUAACUCUGGAUAAUUCAAAUCCCUACCACAACUUCUAUUUCAACGAUAUGUUUAAUGCUUCUUCAGUUUUUAGGUCUUCCUAUUUUGUAACUGAGCCUAUGUUCAGCAGGCUUGAAGGAGGGAAUGUUCAGCGAAUUCAGUCAGAAAUUACCAAUAGUAAUGGAGAGGUUAUCACUGGAAAAACUACCUGGAAUGACAGAAUCCUUUGUGAACCAUGGUCAGGGCUUAUUAUUAAGGGAGAAACAGGGUUCCAGAUGAACUUCUUCUAUGAUAGUUACACUCCUGAAGGAUAUAACCAAUAUCUAAUGCCUUAUCUACUUUAUAACAGGAAAAUGGAUAUCGAUGGAGACAUGGCACGAGAUUUAUUCCAUGAUAUUACUCUUUAUGAUGAGAGAAUGAGACUUGUAUUUAUUCUUUCAUUAAUAAUUGGAGGAAUUAUGAUAUCGGCUGGAGGUGCAAUCUUAAUUCUGACAAUAUGAAAAAGUCGUCAAAGGUCAAAAAUUUUGAAAGAAAUUAAGAAGCAAGAUGAGGAAAGAAGGAAAUCAAAAGGACUAAAGAAAAGAAACAGAGAUACUACACAAGAAACAGGUGUAGAUACUCGUAUAAAUGGCUCUAUAAAUCAUGAUUAA